AUGAUUCUUCGGACACUGCUUGGAUUCGUGACGCUUCAUUCUGUCCUCAGCAAUGUCAUUCAACUCGAUUCCUCAAAUUUUGACACCAUAACACAGUCGAACGACGUUGUUUUCGUAAAUUUCUAUGCUGACUGGUGUAGAUUUUCCCAGAUGCUUAAACCUAUUUUUGCUCAAGCUAGUGAGAAGUUUCAGAACCUUCCACAAGGAAAGGUUGUGUGGGGAGCUGUGGAUGCUGAUCGACAAGCUGAUCUUGCUACUCGCUUCCAAGUGAACAAGUAUCCCACGUUAAAACUGUUCCGUAAUGGAGAAAUUGUGCGCAAAGAGUACAGAAGUCAACGCUCAGUUGAAGCGUUGUCCGCCUUUGUUCAAAAACAAUUGGAUUCAAGCGUGACGGAGAUUCAUAGUGCUGAAGAACUUGCUCAGAAACUGGACGCUGAGAAACGCAACAUAAUUGCGUACUUUCCACAGUUGAGUGGUCCUGAAUACGAUGCGCUCAAAAAGGUAGCAUCAAUCCUGCGGGAGGAUUGCUCGUUUUAUGUUGGUAGUGGAUCUGCUUUCGCUGCGCAAACUGCACAGGGUCCUUCAGUAUUGUAUAAACCCCCAAAUGGCCAAGGAGAAAUGCCUUUUACCGGCAACAUGCAAGAUUUCAAUACAUUGAAGCAGUGGUUGACUGAUAAAUGCAUACCACUUGUAAGAGAAAUCACCUUCGAAAACGCGGAGGAAUUGACAGAAGAGGGUAUUCCAUUCUUAAUCUUGUUCCGACAUCCCGAUGAUAAGGAAAGCGAAAAGGUUUUCACAGAAGCAGUGAUUAGGGAGAUUCCAGACCAAAAAGCUGCGAUUAAUUGCCUCGUAGCUGAUGGCAAGAAGUUCGCUCAUCCACUGCAUCACCUUGGCAAAAGGGAAAGCGAUUUGCCAGUAAUUGCAAUCGAUUCCUUCCGACACAUGUAUCUGUUCCCGAAUACGAACGACUUACAUACUCCAGGGAAACUAAGGCAAUUUGUUCUGGAUCUGCACAGUGGGAAGCUACAUCGCGAAUUCCAUCAUGGACCGGAUCCUGUCGUACAGGUCACUGAACCAAUGGAUGCAUCACCAAAUGUGGAAACUGACCCACCACCAUCGGUCUUCGAGAAACUCAAACCAUCGCAUAACCGAUACACCCUCUUAGACAAGGAUGAACUGUAG